AAAAAAACAACUUUUUACAGUGGGGUUGUGGGCUUCUAAUUGGAGACAAAAUUUCCCUACAAAGUCCCAGCCAAUCCUCCACUAGAAACAUGCAACAAACUGACAAGAAAUGCUGGAUAGUAGUCCCACACAUACCAACAACAUUACUAACAACAACCAUGGUAGUGGAAACCUAUAUGGCACUGACCAAUACACAACUUGGAUUGAAUAAUACUGUAACAGUCACCAAUUUAUUGAAUGGAAAUGAAAUUCUGGUUGGGACUGCUGAAGAUACAUCUUCGGACUACUCUAUUGCAACUGUGGUGAAAGGGGACAGGCCUAUGGUUCUACCAGAUGGUCAUCGAGCUUAUACAACAGUUAUAGUGGAUUUGGAUUGCCCUACAGAAGUUGGAUGCACUAACUCAAAUUUCCAAUUUGUGGCAAAUGGAAUGACUGAAAGUGAGGUCCAAUGCAUUGAGGCAGAAAGAGCUUGCCGGUUUAAUUUGAACAACACUGAAGCGAAUUGCAAAAACAGACAGUUUCUACCUCCAAUAAUAGCAGUGUUGGAAGCAGAAGAAAAUGAUUAUUUAACGUCAUCCUGUCCUGGCUAUGCACAUUUCUUAAGAACUAUUGUUGAGUCACAACCUCCUGCAGUUGCUGGCCUCCAAAUUCCUGGUCUUGAUCUAGACGCAAGAAUAGGUCCUAGUUCAAUAACAAAAGCACUAAAACCAGGUUGCAGAAAUACAAGAAGAUUUUGCAAUGUUGGGUGUAAAAGAGUUCGUCGACGCUGCCGUAGCUCAUGUUAUCUGUUUGUGGUGCUUGGAAAAAUGUGCCAGAGGUCAAUUUUUGCGUGAGAGUAAGGAAUUGCUAAAAGAAAACUCAAUCAUAUUGUUUAAUUCUGCAUUUAAAGAGGAAAUAUCAAAAUAUUUAUUGAAAAAUAUUAAUGUAUAUAACUAUUUUCAUGUUUUGAUAAUAUGCAGCUUUGCAAAUUAAAUGUGUUUUUUUUGCGAAAAUAUUUUUAUGAUGGUGACCUUACCCCCUUAAGUGGACUUUUGUACAAUAUUCUUAAUAUUUAAAUUCACACAACAGGAUUUCGUUGUUUUAAAUUGUUUGUAAAGUGUUGCAUUUUCCAAUCAAAUAUUGCAUUUAUUAUACACAUAAAAAAAUUUUAUCAAAAAACUAAUAUUUCUGUAACUUGAGCUUUCUGUAAGUUCUGUAACUUGAGCUGUUGUAU